ACCCUGUGUCUGCCAUUAGGAGGCAAGGAGGCUCAACACAUCUGUGAGACACCGAGAGACAGAUUUUUAUUUUGUUUUUUGUCGCAAACUUUUAUCUUUGUGUGUCUUUGCUUAGAUAAGGCUCUAUCCAUAGAGCACCGUUGAGUGUUUUAGGAUCAGAAACCUGCAGUUCUGUGAUCAUGAUGAACCAGUCCGCCCUAAUUGUGAGAAUGUUGCUGCUGCUGCUGCUGCUGGUGUACAGCUCAGAUGCCAAGAUGAGCAUUGUCAACACCAAACAAGAUUUUCACGUUGGAGAGGAGAUUUUAUUGUUGUGUAAAGCUGGAGGAGAGGGAGAUAUAACCUGGAAGAAGGACGGGGAGGACGUGGAUGAUGAAGAAAUUGUCCACAAGGUGGAUGAAGGCUCUUCCAAGAUUAUUAUUAAGAAGGCCACAAUGCAAGAUGCAGGCAGAUAUACGUGCCUGUGUGAGUUCGACAACGGACACCAAGAUGAAGUUCAGACAUUGCUGUAUGUUCAUGAGGGUCCGACAUUUGGAACCACCACCACCUAUCAUGAGUUUCUGGAGGGCACAGAGGGGGUGGUGCCGUGUCUGGUGAUGGGGCAGCCAGCAGUGGAUGUUCGGUGGAUCAGAAACGAGAAGGAAAUUUCCUCUGCUGCGGGAAAACACAUGCGUCAAAUGCCUGAUAACACACUGCUGAUCGAAAACGUGAAACGAGAGGAUGCUGGGACAUAUUAUUGCCAUGCCCAGAUCAAAGGAAGGCAGAUCUCUAAAGAACUAACAGUUUCUGUCGUCGUCAAUGCUCCUCCUACUGUGCAUCUGAGAGAAGAGGUGAAAAAAGUGAUCGCAGGACCAGAGACUAAUGUCUCUUUGUUGUGUUUGGUGGACGGUCACCCAAAGCCCAACAUCAACUGGACCGUGCCGGUGACAUUCGACCCCUCCCAUCAUCAGUUCAACUCGGACCGCAGCCAGCUGACCAUACAGUCUGUUGCUCGGGCCGACUACGGGGAGUACGUCUGCACGGCCACCAACAAGAUCGCCGAGAGCAGUGCCACUAUCAUGCUCCAUGUCUUCGAGGCCCCAGAGGUGUUUGUGUCGACUGAGCAGCAGCAUGUGUCGCUGGGCGGUCGUGUAUCGGUGUCCUGCAACGUGUCUGGACAUCCUCAGCCUCAGCUCCACUGGCUCAACAAGCAGAAUGGACGCACACUGACUUCGUCUUCUGACCGCGUCCGUGUGCGGGACGGUGUGAUGUCUAUUGACGACCUGAUGCCCUCCGACGGUGGAUUAUACUCCUGCAUGGCAGUCAGCACAACAGGAAAUGCAUCGAGAGAUGUUGCAAUAUUCACUCAGCCUGAUUCACCUCACUAUGUGACCGCCUCUCCGGGUCUGGCCUCAGUCCUCUUUUCCCUCAAAAUGCCACCGAUCAAUGGAGGAACACCAAUCACAAGUUAUGUGAUGCAAUGGAGAGAAAACCCAACAGAACAGUGGAAAGAGAUCACAGUACCAGCUUCAGAUUUGCUGGCUAUCACAAACCUCCGGCCAUACACAAUGUACACAGUGCGCCUGGCUGCUUUGAAUGCAGUGGGACUGGGACCAUUCUCAGAUGAUCACAGCGUGCGCACCAUGGGAAUGCGAGGUGAACCGGACAGUCCAGUUUUGUCGUCAGAUAAGAUGAAAGUAGAGAGCAACUCGUUCUCCGUUCCUUUUAAGCAGACUGAUAAUGGAGGAACUCCUGUGCAGCACUUCAGUAUCCGCUAUAGACAGGACAAGGAAGGUGCAGAGUGGAAAGAAAGGCAGCUGCCGUCCGACACCGAUUCCAUAUUACUGGAAGAUCUGGCUUUCGGGUCCAACUACCAACUGGAAGUCACAGCUGUCAAUGCUAAUGGUUCCUCUUUUCCUGCCUCAUUCAACUUUACCAUUGCAGAGCAGUCAGUGAGCAGCCGCAGCAUGACCAAAGGCAGCGUGGUUGGCAUCGUCAUGGUGAUCUUCCUGGUGGUCCUGCUGGUGGUGGACGCCACCUGCUGCUACACUAAUCGCUGCGGCCUGCUCAUGUCCAUUGCCGUGAAACUCUUUGGACGGAAGGUCCCAGGCAUCAAAAAUAUCGAAGAAGGCGAGGGAAACAACAAAGGAGAACUGAACCUGAAAGGUGUGUCGACCAUGAGAGACGGCAUGCAGGGGUCACUCGCUAAGGAGGCUGGGCGAAUCACAGAGGUCACCUGUGACAAGGCCCCCCUCACCAAGCAUGAGAAAACACAGCCGGACAGAGAACUUCCCCACGCUGAGGCAUGAAACCACCACCUAAGGAAUCAAGUGAUAACGCACUGUUCUCUCAACAAGAGUCAGCCAGCCCGCACCGCCAUGGGAAAGAUCGACCGUGCGGGCGCAUGAAGACAGACAGAGAAUACAGGCAGAAUUUGUGCAGUAUUUUGUUUAUUUGCUUUGUGGUAAUUUAAAGAUACAUCGGAAACAUCAGCUUAAAAUUGCUCUGUUUAUACUUGCAAUAUUCAAAAAUGCUUUUCUGUAAAGGAUUUAUAACACCACAGCACACUUACCUGCUGCCAUUUGAAUCUUACCCAGAAAAUAAAGGUUUGGUGUUUUUUUUUUAAAUAUGUUUAUUCUUACUUUUGCUAACUUUUUAGCAGCAUUUUGCACUGUGGCAUCUCCGCCGGUGUCAGCGCCCCAUCUGAUCCUGACACUGCAGCUCUAUCUUGAACCUAGUUAAAUUUAAUGCAAAGUCAUGUGUAUUCAUAUUUAUUGCUUUAAAGCCAUAUAACCUGAGGAUAAAGCAGAGAGAGUCUGAGUUCUCAUCUGUAUGAGUUUUGCAGCCAGCUCAACAUGCUCAUAUUUUAAUGAAGACGUUUCACUGAGGGGAGCUCUAUUUAAGCAUGCUUUUCAUCCUGAGAACAAUUUCUCAAGUACCUGCAAUAAUAAUCAGUGUUCAAGUUAUUCUGUAAGUCUAACCACAUUGUCACAUGAAGGACUCUACAAUGUUAAGGUGGAAAUGUCUGUUUUGUAAUGAGUCAGUCGAUCAGUGUUUUGGCCUGGCUAUGAUAUUUAACACUGUACAUGUCUGUAUAUACACAUGUUGCAUCAUUUAUUGUUGUUUCCUAACUUUUGGAUGAUGAAACUGCUUCUUUUGUUUGUCUUUUUAGGCCUUCAAAUGAAAUAUUUUGUUCUUGAUACUUUGUACUUAUCAAGUAAAUCCUGAAACAUCCAA